AUGGCUCCAGAAGAUUCUUUUUCUUCUUCUCCUCUUUGUAUUUCUCAAGUUGUGACUCUCAAACUAUCAGAGUCCAACUAUCUCUUAUGGAAGACUCAAUUCAAAUCCUUCCUCUCACCACAAAUGUUACUCAGAUACGUCAAUGGUUCGAUAACACGUCAUGCUGCUACUCGACCUGCAACUACACGUCCUGCUGGAGUUGAAGGUCCCUCUGAAGAGCCUAACCCAGAAUUUGUGAAGUGGGUUCGUAAUGACCAGCUGGUCAUGGCCUGGAUCUUUGGUUCGCUUAUGGAACCAGCUUUGCGGGCAGUAUACGGUAUGCAAUCUGUUUAUGAGGUAUGGAAUGCUCUAGCUAAAAAGUUAAAUAGGGUGUCUACUACUAGGAAAUUUGAGUUGCAGAACCGUUUGAGAGACUGUCUUAAAAUAGGAAGAACAAUGGAAGAGUAUCUUAGUGAACUGAAACAGAUCUAUGACCAACUUGAUUCUAUUGGCUUCCCUAUGAAUGAUAUAGAAAAGAUUCAUGGCUUGCUGACUGGCCUUGGUAAGGAGUAUGAGUCGGUCACUACUGUUAUUGAACACUCUAUGGAUUCGGUUCCUGGUCCCUGCUAUGAAGAUGUUGUGUUUAAAGUCAUCUCUUUUGAUGAUAAGCUGAAAACUUACAACACUGCGCAUGUGGUUUCGCCUCACUUGGCGUUUCAAACUGAAAAGGCUACUUCGAUAGAGGUAGUUCAAACACCAGAGGAGGUCGUUCAGGAUCUAGAGGCGGCUACAGAGGCAGGGGAAAUUACUCUACCAGAGGUUGAGAUAUGUGGGAAGUAUGGACACAGUGCCUUCAAGUGUUACAAUCGAUACAAUGAGUCUCUUCCGGAGCCAGAACUGCCUGUUGCUUUAGCUGCUAUGCGUAUUUCUGAUGGAGAACAACACACUGGCACUGAGUGGUUACCGGAUAGUGGCUCUAUAGCUCAUAUCACCAACUCUACAACAAACCUACAACAAGCUCAAACAUAUCAAGGUCAUGACUCGGUAAUGGUUGGUAAUGGUGAAUUCUUACCUAUACGCAUAUUGGUUCGAUUCCUCUGCAGACUGUAUAAGCAUACCAAACAGCUCCUCACAACCGGAAACCAGAGUAAGGACCACUAUGUUCUGGCUAAUCCUGCGUUUGGUUCUUUCUAUUCGACUCGUCAAAUGGCUGCUAGUGAUGAAGUUUGGCACAAACGUUUGGGGCAUCCAAGUGCAGAAGUCUUACAAAUCUUAUCUAAUGCUGAAGCUAUCUCAAUAAACAAGCGCACCAACAAGCUGUGUGAACCUUGCAGACUUGGAAAGAGUGUUCAACUCCCUUUUUCUUCUUCUACUUUUGUAGCUAGUAAACCUCUUGAGAGGAUACAUUGUGAUUUGUGGAGACCUGCUCCAAUCACAUCUGUUCAGGGGUUUAGAUACUAUUUUGUUGAGAAUCAGCUGAAUCAGAAAAUCAAGAUGUUUCAGUGUGAUGGUGGUGGUGAAUUUGUUAACUCUCAAUUUGUCAAUCAUCUUGCAAACUGUGGAAUCAAGCAAUUUAUCUCUUGUCCCUAUACCCCUCAACAUAAUGGUUUAGCAGAAAGAAAACAUAGAUACUUAACAGAGUUGAGUCUCAACAUGAUGUUUCAGAACUCAAAAAGUCCACAUGAAGCUCUGUUUGCACAAAAACCAGAUUAUUCUGCAUUACGAGUUUUUGGCAGUGUAUGUUAUCAAACUCUUCGUGCUUAUGGGAACAAUAAAUUUGAUCCCAAAUCCUUAAAAUGUGUUUUCCUCGGCUACAAUGAGAAGUACAAAGGGUAUCAGUGCAUCUACCCUCCUACUGGUCGUGUCUAUAUUAGUAGACAUGUUCUUUUUGAUGAAAAUGCUUAUCCCUUUGUCGAUGAGUACUCGGCUUUAAUCCCUGCAGCAACAACACCAUUGUUGUCGGCUUGGCAAUGUGUACCAAGCUCGGUUGCCUCAGAGUCUCCUCAACCUGCAAUUGUCGAACAACAGAACAACACUGAUCUUGUUGAGGAUCCUGCUCUUAUCUCAGGCGAUGAUGCUCAUGAACACACAAAUUCUGAUGAUGAGUCUCUGCAUGAAGAUCAAGCUCCCUUAUUUACAGAAGCAGAUUUUCCUCCACUUGUCGCUCUAACAGUUAAUCAGCACCCUAUGAUCACAAGAGGGAAAGAUGGUGUACGGAAACCUAAUCCAAAGUAUGCUCUCACCAUCACUCAAACACCGGUUCAGGAACCUGAGACGGUAGCUUCGGCUCUCAAACAUCCGGGGUGGAUAUGA